UACUUCAUUUGAGUUUUGCUUCACGAUACGUAGAAACGUUUUGAUAGAACGGUGGAUCCCAAGUAGGAUAAACCUUCUUGUACUGUGUGAGAUACGAGGCCCUCAAGCCGGUAACUGAGGAAUACGCUUUUCUGGGAUGCGACGCCGAAUAGUUCGGGAGUGACCAGGAUGGGUGGUGACAAGAAGCCACAACGACGCAGUCGUAGCAGGGAAAAGGAAAGAGAGCGUCGUGAGAGACCCCGGCGGUCUCGCAGCCACUCUAGAGAGAGAGAGAAAGACCGUGGAAAGAAGAAAGUUGAGAAAUUGAAAGAACGGUCUCGCAGCAGAAGCCGAGAGCGAGAGAGGCAUCGGCACAGGGACCGAAAACGCACCCCUACCCCACCUAGCAUCACGAAGAAGGAGGAGAAGGAGGACGAGGAGGAGGAGGAGGAACCACCGCUGGAGGAACCCAAGAAGGAACCAUUAUCACUUGAGGAGCUGCUUGCAAAGAAACAGGCUGAAGAGGCAGCUCGCAGCAAGCCCAAAUUUCUGACAAAGGAGGAACGUGCAGUUGAGGCUUUGAGGAAACGACAACAAGAGGUAGAAGAGAUACGACGCAAGAUGGAAGAAGACAAGAAAAAGCGGACUGAAUUUGGCAAGGAGGCCACAAAGGCAUUCGAUGAUGUGCGCAAGGCGGACAAAGAUCUGGAUCGGGACAAAGACGGCUUUAGGCGACGGGACAGGGAGCGUGAAAAGAAGGACAAGGAGGAGGACAGCCAGUACUCAAAGGACAAGCAGAAGGAAGUGGAAGCCAUAAGAGAGCGCUAUCUAGGACUAGUCAAGAAGAAACGCCGUGUGCGUCGGCUCAAUGACCGCAAGUUUGUGUUCGAUUGGGAUGCUUCAGAGGACACAUCUGUCGACUAUAACCCCCUCUACAAGGAACGGCAUCAGGUUCAGUUCUUUGGUCGAGGUAAUGUUGCGGGUAUUGAUAUCAAGGCCCAGAAACGAGAUCAGUCGAAGUUCUAUGGGGAGUUACUGGAGCGACGUCGAACUGAGGCUGAGAAGGAGCAGGAGAAGGUGCGCCUGAAGAAGCUCAAGAAGAAAGAGGAAAAGCAGAAGUGGGACGACCGUCACUGGUCUGAGAAGUCGAAGGAUGAGAUGACAGAGAGAGACUGGCGAAUAUUUCGAGAGGAUUACAACAUCACCAUCAAGGGUGGUCGAAUCCCUGAUCCAAUCAGGAACUGGAAGGAGUCUGGAAUUCCUAAUGAGAUUCUGGAGAUUGUUGAGAAAGUUGGCUACACUGAUCCCACCCCUAUCCAGCGACAGGCCAUUCCCAUUGGUCUGCAGAAUCGAGAUAUCAUUGGUGUGGCGGAAACAGGUUCUGGUAAGACACUGGCCUUCCUGAUCCCUCUGCUGAUGUGGAUACAGUCUCUGCCCAAGAUUGAACGUGUUGAAGAUGCUGACCAGGGUCCAUACUCCAUAAUCUUGGCACCCACUCGAGAAUUGGCCCAGCAGAUUGAGGAGGAGACCAACAAGUUUGGACAACCGCUUGGAAUCAGGACAGUGGUUGUGGUGGGCGGUUUGUCCAGGGAGGAGCAGGGCUUCCGCCUCAGGAUGGGAUGUGAGAUUGUGAUAGCAACGCCCGGACGUCUGAUUGAUGUGCUUGAAAACAGGUACCUCGUACUAAACCAGUGUACCUAUAUUGUACUAGAUGAGGCUGAUCGUAUGAUAGACAUGGGUUUUGAACCAGAUGUGCAGAAAAUCCUAGAUUACAUGCCAGUCACAAACCUGAAGCCAGAUACUGAGGAUGCAGAAGAUGAGAUUAAACUGCUGGCCAAUUACAACUCAAAGAAAAAGUACAGGCAGACAGUCAUGUUUACUGCCACAAUGCCCCCAGCAGUGGAGCGUUUGGCUCGUACAUACUUACGUCGCCCAGCCGUUGUCUAUAUCGGGUCUGCUGGCAAGCCGACAGAACGAGUAGAGCAGAUCGUGUACAUCCUGUCGGAGGCAGACAAGAGGCGCAAGUUGCUGGAAAUCCUUGGCCGUGGUGUCACACCUCCGGUCAUCAUCUUCGUUAAUCAGAAGAAAGGGGCAGAUGUACUGGCAAGGGGGUUAGAGAAGUUUGGUUACAAUGCCUGCACACUGCAUGGUGGCAAGGGACAAGAACAACGAGAAUACGCGCUAGCAAGCCUCAAGUCAGGCACCAAAGACAUCCUUGUGGCCACCAACGUGGCUGGUCGAGGUAUUGAUAUCAAGGACGUAUCCAUGGUCAUCAACUAUGACAUGGCCAAGAGCAUAGAAGAGUAUACCCAUCGUAUUGGACGAACGGGUCGUGCAGGAAAACAUGGUAUGGCAGUCUCAUUCUGCACCAAGGAUGAUUCUAAACUGUUCUAUGACUUGAAGCAUACGAUACUGUCUAGUCCAGUGUCAACUUGCCCUCCUGAACUACUGAACCAUCCAGACGCCCAGCACAAGCCCGGCACUGUCGUAACAAAGAAACGUCGGGAGGAGAAGAUAUUUGCAUAAAGAGACCAGAGUGAGGCCAUCUGAGGAAUCAACAUUUAUUUGAACUUUCAUACAAAACUUAAAACAAGGAAAAAGCAUAUUCUUGAAGCUGUGGCUCAAUCCAUCCUCGUCUUCAGGGUCUUGGUGGUGAUCUUGUCUUUUUCACUGGAACAAGUAAUACCAAACUUUUCACACUGGAGGGCCUCACCCCACGUAAUAUCUGUUGUGUGACAAAUAGGCAAAAUAUUUUAGCCCUGGGUUCUUCAGGAAUUGCUGUUUGCCAUGUACUCUUCAAAGACAACACUAUUUAGUAGCACAAGUAAAAUGGAUAAUAAUGUGACAGACUUA